AUGUCUCGCUCAAUAUGCAUCACUGCCGCUGAUGGCCAGACUGGCCACUUGAUUACCGAACUGCUCCUCUCCAACCAGUUCAGACCGAAGUUCAAAGAAUUAUUUUGCGUCACCCUCCACCCCGAGAAAUGCAAAGAUCUCGAAACGAUGGGGGCUAAAAUCAUCGCUCAUAAACACAGUGAUCCCGCGGGGCUUGUGCAAUCCCUUAAGGAAUCUGGUGCAGACACCAUAUUCAUGAUCCCUCCUGCACACGCCCAUAAGCUUCGACUCGCACGGGACGUGCUCAAGGCUGUGGCAGCCGCUGAGAUCAAAAACACAGUCUUGCUCAGUGCAGCUGGGACUGACCUUGCUGAGGAAAAGGCUCAACCCCACCUUCGCCAAUUCACAAAGAUCGAAACCGAAAUGAUGCACUUGCGGUAUACGGGGGGCACGAAGGCAGGGACAAGCCAGUGUAUCAUUCGCGCCGGGUAUUACGCCGAAAACCUAUUGCUCUAUGAAAAGGACAUGAAGAAUAACGGAAGGCUUCGCCUGCCGAUCGGUGAUGUGAAUUCGUUCGCCCCUAUCGCGCUUGGCGAUGUUGUCAAGGCCGUAGCGAACAUUCUUGUCAGUGAAGGGCCGAAAGGUUUGAGUGAUAGAUUCCGAGGCCAGUUGAUCACGCUUACGGGGCCCACGAUGUGCAACGGUGUUGAACUAGCCGCUGCAGCUUCCCAAGCUGGAGUUAACAUUGAAUUCACCGAUAUCUCUGACACGGAAGCGAAGCAGCUACUUGAAUCGGACACUGAUGUUGACGACUCCGAGAAACAGUAUCUUCUCGAGUACUACUCGCUUGUACGCGAGGGGAAAACGAACUAUGUCAGUACUCUUGAUUUCGCGCCCAUAACAGGGGAAGGACCUACGAACCCCCCUGACUUUUUCAAAACGUAUGGGUCGGCAAAACAUCACAUCGUCUGUCAGUGA